GGGUGCAGUGACAGCUGGAGUGAAAAGGGAAGGCAGAGAUCUGCCCUGGCUCUCCUGUUCUUACCAAGCCCCACUGAGGUGUUUGGAAGACACCAAUGGCGGCCUGGUCAGUUUGGACGGUUGGAUGUUUGGUGGUGGCGGUGCUUGUUGUCACUGCAGUGCAAGUCAGUGGGAAUGAGGAGUCUAAGCUGAUAGCUGAUAAGUUCAAGAACUACAACAAGAACAUUCGGCCAGCGAGGCACACUGAAGAUAAAGUGCAGGUUCAGGUCAAACUGACCCUAACCAACCUCAUCUCACUGAACGAGAAGGAGGAGACGCUGACCACCAACGUGUGGAUUGAAAUUCAAUGGAAUGAUUACCGUCUGGCAUGGAACACCUCGGACUAUCAUGAUAUCAGCCUGAUCCGCGUGCCAUACAACACUGUGUGGCUGCCAGACAUAGUGCUGGAGAACAACAUUGAUGGUAAAUUUGAUGUAGCGUAUUACGCUAACGUGCUGAUCUACAGUGAUGGCUCCAUGUACUGGUUGCCUCCAGCCAUCUACCGCAGUACCUGUGCCAUAGAGAUCACCUACUUCCCGUUCGACUGGCAAAACUGCACACUGGUAUUCAGGUCUCAGACGUACAGCGCCAAUGAGAUUGACAUGAUCUUGGCUAUUGAUGGAGACACUCAGAAACCCAUUGAGUGGGUGGACAUUGACCCAGAGGCCUUCACUGAAAACGGAGAGUGGGCCAUCAAGCAUCGACCAGCACGCAAACUGACCAACACACGCUACUCUCCUGAUGACCUGGAGUACCAGGAAGUUUAUUUCAACCUCAUCAUCCAGAGAAAACCUCUCUUCUACAUCAUCAACAUAAUCCUACCCUGCGCCCUCAUCUCCUCACUGGUUGUUUUGGCCUAUUUUCUCCCUGCUCAGGCUGGAGGUCAGAAGUUGACGGUAUCUAUCUCAGUUCUCCUGGCUCAGACUGUCUUCCUUAUUUUGGUUUCUCAGAAGGUCCCAGAAACCUCUCUUUCAGUACCUCUCAUUGGCAAGUACCUGAUCUUCGUCAUGUCUGUGACCACGCUUAUCGUCACCAACUGCAUAGUCGUUCUAAACUUCUCCCUCCGUAGCCCCAACACACACACCAUGUCCCGCACCCUCAAACACAUUUUUCUCGAAGUAGUCCCUCGUUUCCUGGGCAUGGCCCCACUGGUGGAUGAAAGUGAGGAGGAUGGGAUAGGGGCAGUGAGGGAGAGGAGGCGCAGCUCGUUUGGUCUGAUGCAGCGGGCAGAGGAGUACGUCCUGAAGCAGCCGAGGAGUGAGAUGAUGUUCGACAAGCAGAGAGAGAGACAUGGACUCACCAGAUCUUUUGUGGACACUAUAGAUGUGAGCAGCACAGCCACUCUGUAUAAGAGUCUGGCUCAGGCAGCACCAGAGAUUAAAGAGUGUGUGGACGCCUGUAACUUCAUCGCUGAGAGCACCAGACAACAGAAUGAUAUUGGCUCGGAGAUGGAAAGCUGGGUGCUGAUUGGAAAGAUGGUUGACAAAGUUUGUUUCUGGGCGGCCAUCUUGCUCUUCUCCAUUGGAACGGUGGCCAUCUUUCUCAUGGGUCAUUUCAACCAGGUGCCGGAGUACCCUUUCUACUGGGAGAAAAAGAAAUACGUUCCUGAAUAGAGGAGCCAAACCCAGCUGUGUCUGAGAGAGAGGGAGAUAAACAAAAAAAUUAUAUGAAUAGAAAAAAAAGAGAGAAGGGGAAACAGAGGGAGAGAUACACAGAAAAUGAGCAGUUUAAGCUUAUUGAGAGUGUGAUCUGUGCAUCCAUAUAACAUUUAGAACUCCAUAACUCUCCACACACCAUGGGUUAGAAGUUUGAGCCUGAGUGCAGUUCUCUAUUCAUAAAAACUCACUCCCCACCUGCACUAGAAAAAAAGCCUUUAUUGGAAAUGGAAAUAAAGGAUCUUAUAAUAAAUGGAGGCUUUCACUUUGCUGUCAGGAACAAGGGCAUUAUGUUCUUCAUGUUCUUUACCUUUACCUACACUAAAAAAGGUUAAUGAUUGGCCACCCUGCUGGCUCUCUGAAUACACUUCAACUAGUUUAAAAGGCAGCAUUACAUGUAAUCACUAUAAAGAGAAUGCCUGAGUAUCUUGUUUCAGACUUAUUGAGUCUAUGCUGGCUUUCACAUUAGUUGUAGGGUCUAGCUUAUGAUAUUUAAAGCUCUAAGCAGCAGUUUCCCAGGCAGGGAUUAAACCCAGUCUUGGACUACACAGAAUUAUAAAUGAAGAUUUAAAUAGUCUACAACCAGACGCUGGAAUGUCAAAUGUCAUGUGACAAGUUUUGUAUCGCUUGUCUGACAGUUAUGGACUGAUACUAGCCAUCACACUGUCCACUGUGGGUGGUAUUGGCUUCUAUUACUCAUUCCCAGUACUCAUAUGACACUGUGGGUCAAUGAAUGUGAAAUUUACCCAUAAGACUAUCAAACUUUAGCCUCCCUUGCAAAAUAACACCUCACAACUUACACAGAUGAGGGCAUCCCCAAGCUGUCCCCUGAGGUAACAGUUCAUGAAUAAUUUACAUACUGUUGUCCCAUGACAUUUGGCAUGUCAGUGUAUGUGGGGGUCCUUUAAAUGUCGUUCAUCUUUAGCCCUAUCCCAAUGGGAUUAGUUUCUCAGUGGGUCUUGGGGUAAUUUUCUCUUUUAUGGGGGGUCCUCUGUGACUUUAUUUUAUUUGUCCACUGCUGUGCAACGUAAUUACACUUUGGGUGCGCGUUUCCACGGAGAUCCAUGUAAACACAACAGCAAGUGGAAAUGGAGGAGCUACUGAACGCGAUGUCCUCCUGUUUUUACAAUUGCUGUCCGGAUGCAAGAGUUUUAUCACUAAGCAGAAGUGUGAAAUAUUUUUCCCCCUGAGAAACUAAUCCCAUCCUGAUAGGGCUUUAGUCUCAUUUACAAAGAUGCCUUUUAAGAACCAUUUAUUUAAAGGUUCUUUAGUGGCAAGGUUCUCAAAGUGGGGUCCAUUAGGUUCAGUCAGUGGGUCCACACUUUUUUUGUGUCUUGUAGUAUCACAUGUUGUUGUUGUGAGGUUGCGAGGAGCUUGCUGUAUCCCAUGUGAUUGCUAGGGUUCCAUUAGAAAGCUCCAACUAAGCCUGUCAUAAUAGCUAUUUUUGUCUGAACAAUAUUGUGUUCCAGGAAUAACUGUUUUAACCAAUAAUAUAAUUUAAGAUAAUUUUAUGUCAAUAGCAAUAUUAUAAUACAAUAGCAGAAUAAUGCAAUAACAUCCUUUUAUAGUGAACUCUAGGGUUGGGCAGAGGUGGGGCCAUUUGAAAUGUUUUGUUUGUUCCAUUAGCUGGCUAAUGCAAAAAUUACAUCAUGUCUUUAUUAAUUAGCUUACCCAUCAGUGGUUAUGUUAGCUGCCAGGAAUUUCGUUAUUGCUGCAGGGGAUUUCUAAUGGUUGCGAAAUUAUGUGUGUGGUCAUUAAAAAAUCCUCCACAUAAAGUAAAGGUUCUAUUCCAGAGACAUGAAAAAUAAUUGAAGCAAAUAUUCAAAUCAUGUAUCAUUGAAUACCCUCUUACUUUUAACUGUUAAGGACCUACAGGAAUUUUACAUGUGAGUAAACUGGCUAAUUGAGAAAUUCUGUCUUAGUAACUGGAGAUGAGAUUGAGCGUAAACCCCUUGUUCCUUUAAGUUCAGUGAUAAGCCUCUGUUUAACAUCAAGCUCUUUUGUCCAGCCCUGGUUCAGGUGAAUUCAGUUCCCACAAACAUGGUUCUCAUUUUCAGAUGCUUCUGAAGGCCUUUAUUAUCUGGGUCAACUCUGAUAGGAACGAAAGGAGUGGACCUGAGGACUGCUGCAUUACAUUAUAUGCAGGUUUAUUAAACUUAAAAACAAACAAACAAAAAAGGUUUCUUCACAUUCAUGCAGCUUAGUUACUUUCAAAAAUUGUUCUUUAAAUAAUUGUUUAUCAGUUCUGUGGGUCUCCUGGAAAAAGAUUAACAGUAGGUAAUGUCUCAUAGCAGAAGACCCAUUUUGACACUGUCGUUUUAUAAUUAGUGUAAUUGUAUUGUUCUGUUAUUGUGUGCUUUAUUAACAAUUAAUUUAAAUAAAAUAAACUAAAAGAU